AUGCUUAAUGGCGCAAAAUGGCCAAGAGCUGGAUUUGGAUCCUUGAUACCUAAAUUAAUACAAUUUGAUACCUACAUCAAUAAAAAAUUUUCUUCGAUAAUUUUAACAAAUGGUAAUGGGACUAUUGGGGUUAAUGAAUGCAUUUUAUUAUUUGAGCUUUGUCUUAUCUUCUAUUAUCACAAAGUUGGUUCAUCGGGAGGAGCUCCUAGUAAAUGGUGGCCUUACGAUAUUGUUGCCAAAAUAAUAGGUGGUGAAGCUUCCCUUGACAAUGACCUUUUAUCUCAAAGUCAAAACUUUUCUACUCUAGAUUUUCAAGAUGGUCAGAUUGCCACAAUGGAAGAUGGUAAGGAGACUGUCAGUAUUUUAAAUAUUGAAGCUUUUGAUGAUACAAGUGAUGUGCAAUCAAUUGUCAAUAUUCCUGAUAAGGAACCAACUUAAUCUACAUCCGGCUGCAAUAAACGAAGGAACUCUGAUGAUGAAAAAACUUUGAAUAAAAUAGCAAAAACUGAACCAGUGAGAAAAAAUAAAAAAAAAAAAUU